GAAGGGCCGGACGUGCUGGGAUGGUCGCGUUGGCAGCCGGGGAUCCUUGAAGGCUCCAGGAGCCCUGGGAAGCUCCGGAGAGGCGCGGGCGGAUGGCGCAAGGAUGGGCCGGCUUCUCCGAGGAGGAGCUGCGGAGGUUGCGGCAGAACAAAGAUCCCUUUGAUCCCGCUGAUCGGCAGAGGCGUCACCCUAUGAACAAAAGUCGACAGCAACUACUUCGUGAAAAGGCCCUUCAACAACAAAGCCAAAAGCUUGGACUUCAGGAUGGGGCAGCAUCUGUACCUCCAGAACAGUUGCUUUCUGCACCAAAACAGAGAUCUGACUCUCAGCAGUGUCACCCAUCUCCUCCUCUCCUUGUCUCCCCUGGCAAUAAUGAAAAGCAUCCAAGCUUUGGAAAUCAACAGAAAAGAGGAGGACUUGAGAAUUCUUAUAAUGCUGAUAAAAAAGAUGAGACUCCAAAACCAAACUGUAAAUUGGAAAAAAAGAAAGUGGAAUUGUUAACCAGGCAGGAAAAAUCUCAUUGGGAAGUCCUCCAGGAAGAGCAACGACUAAUGGAAGAGAAAAAUAAACGGAAAAAAGCACUUUUGGCCAAAGCUAUUGCAGAAAGAUCUAAAAGGACUCAGGCAGAAACCAUGAAACUACAGCGGAUCCAGAAGGAGUUACAGGCUCUAGAUGACAUGGUAUCAGCUGACAUUGGAAUCUUACGGAAUCGAAUUGAUCAGGCAAGCUUGGACUAUUCCUAUGCUCGGAAACGGUUUGACAAGGCAGAAGCUGAGUAUGUGGCUGCAAAGCUGGACCUGCAGCGGAAGACCGAGAUCAAAGAGCACCUCACAGAGCACCUGUGCACCAUCAUCCAGCAGAACGAGCUGCGCAAGGCCCGCAAGCUGGAGGCGCUCAUGCAGCAGCUGGAAGUGGAAGCUGACGAGGAGAAUCUGGAGCUGGAGAUCGAGGUGGAGAAGCUGCUGCAGCAGCAAGAAGAAGAAGGAAGAAGACAAGCAGCCCUUUCCGAGGAGGCCCAGAAGCCCCCUGGGAAUGGUGUCACUCUAGAAAUGGCGGCCGAGGGGAGCAAGGGUCCAGAAGCAGCUGUUGUGCCACGGGUAGAGGGCCCGGAUACAAAGGCAGAGACCGGGGCCUGUCUGAAUGCGGGCAGGCUGGAGCAGGAAGGGAGAACUGCUGCAGACGCACUUCCUGCCCAUCAGGCCACCUGAGGGCACCGGCAUCUGUGCUGUCCCGGGUACAGAGUGUGUGAUGGGCUGCCAUGCCUGCUGCCUUCAGGUCGUGUCCUAGCUCAGUGAAAUGUGAUCUUUAUGUUAAUUUUGAAUGCCCAUUUAUGAAGUGCCAAGUAACAGUAAUUGCAUUUGUAUCAUUAAGCAUGAAUGUACUUAGUUAUGCCCUUAAUCUGGGGCAUAUGAUUUGGUCCUGAGUUUAGUCAACUUCACUCCACCUUAUGCUACUACUGCGGCUGCUCUUUUGUCCCCAGCACUUGACCAACCACCAGAGGCCAUGCCAUGGAGCCGCUUAGCUGCUGGGCCCCACUCUCCCAGGGACCAUGUUUUCUCACUCCAUGCAGGUGCUCACCCUCCCCCACUCCACCUCUGAUUUGCACCCCUUUGUCAGAGGACUAUGAUCAAAACACUACCAUUAGGAUACCUAAGGUGUAUUACUGAGCUGCUCUCUCGUUCCAUUGACUCUCUUUGGGAUUUCCCUGACUUUAACUGCCAUCCCAGGCCACCACUCCCCGAUACCUGGUGUUCCCCACAUUAAAAUAUAAACUGAGCCUUUCACCAGAGUGCUUGGCAAGAUAGUAAGUGCUUUCCAUUCAUCCAUUCAUCCAUUCAUCAUUAAAUUCCUUUACCAUCUUAUUUCAGAAGGCUGAUGUAAAGAAUGCAAGAAAACAAACUAUGUUGGUAAAAUUUUUUAACUUUCCUAUUUUUAAAAUUGGUUUUCUGAUGCCCAUUAAAAACACAAAAACUAGAAAUAACUUCUAGUGUACAACUUUACCUGAACUGUAUUAAAUUUUGCUUCGAAAAUUUGGUAGUUGUUCUUCAUUGACAUAGGAUUUUUAUUUGUUUGAGAGGGAGUGAUAUGUUAGGAAAGCAUCUGUUUCUCUUUUUUACUAUUGUGUAAAAUGGCUUCCCUCUUCUAAAUAGGCUCAUUGUUGAAAGCCUCAUCUGGACUAUAGCAUAUUUGUUAAACACUCCUCAGGAUGUGCAUAUUUGGCCUAUUAGACUGUUGACUUACAUUCAUUUUAUAAAUCACAAUGGAUAGAUCACAUGAGUUUAGGGCAUUGGGUUAUUACCCCAUCAAACUAUUUGAAGACUCUUGGGACAAGUACUGUAUACAAAGCAGUGGGUUUCUGCUCUUAUUGUUAACUUUGCUUCAGUGCUGCUGGUUGUCUAACUUCAGAAGAUUUACCUGUCUUAAUAUAAGAGUGAAAAUGUCAUAUAACAAGGUGUAUCAGGGAAUAAUUCAGGAAUCAUUUCUGUUUAUGAUUUUAAAAGUUUUGUUAUUUUUCCUCAAUGUGUUUUGUGCAUUGGGAGUAAACCUACAUAAUAGAACAAAUUUUUUAAUUCUAUAACUAAUAUUGACUUGCUAUUAUUACCUUAAUAGUUUUUCCACUACUUAACUGCCAAUUGCCUGGCCAAUGUUUUACUCUUUAAACUUGUGUAAAUAAGUGCUGUAUUCUCAUCAGAAAACCUGUGGGGAGUUUUGUAUUAAGUUACGAUCUGUAUGUCACAUACCCUAAGAAAUACAAGGAUUUCUAGACUAAAGUCAUUUCAGAUAGGGAAAGGAAAUGUGCAAUACUAAUAACUUCUCAGAAAAAAACUUAGAAACAUCUUAUUUAAUGUGUGGACUUACAGAUCAGACUAGCUUCACUGUCAUUUUCUACUUCUGUGUAUGUAGCUAUAUAUUUGUAUAUUAUGCAGUAUGAUUAGAAUAUAACAGAGUAUUGUUACCGUCAUCUUCAAAAUUGCAAACACAGGUAAACAAUUGCAUUUAAAUUUAUGAAUUGUAUACAUAAAAUCGAAACCUUUGGUGUCCAAGUCAAUCUUAUUUUUCUAAAAAAUAAACAAAUGAAUUUAUUCCAUUA